AUGGCUGGCAGCGGUGGUGGGUCGGUUGGGCGACGACGGCGCUCGAGGGGAAGAGGAGUGCUGGAGGAGGCGCGGCUACGAUCGACGAGGGCUGCAGCAACAAAGGAACUUUGUUUCUGGAACCGCUGCAAGGAGGGGCUGCGACAACCGAGGAGGAGAGGUCGAUGGCCGGGUGGGGGCAGCGGCGGCGGCGGUGGCUGCUGGCUGGGCGACAGCGGCGGCAGUGGUGAUCCCUCGGCCGGGAAGCAGCGGCGGCGGCUGGGCUGGCUGGAAGCAGGGCAAGGGGGCAGCGGCGGUGGUGACGACUGCUGGCGGGGCAAUGACAAUGGUGGUGGAGAAGAGGUAACGGUGGUCACUGACCAAGACACAGAUGUUCCUUCUCGGUUGAGAGGAUCGACUUCUCGGUUGAGAGGAUCGACGUUCGUGGCUGUCGGCUUCACCGCUCUGAUACCAAAUGAUAAGACCCUAAAAGUCUUAUCGUAG